GGACUAGUGGGCAUCUGCGCUAGCCCUGCGAUUUCCACUGCUCAGCGGUCGUAUAAGUUAGGGACGUUUUUCGAACGAGCAUUUGCAGCAAAGCUCACGCCAUCCACUGUCGCUGUUUUGCAAGAGUUUGAGACCGCUGCGCAACGCACGAGCGCGUGAGAGCCCCUGCACACCCAUCAAAGCCAGCCGCAGCAGCGGAUUAAAAAAGCAACCAUCGGAACCAAUCAACAAAGGAGCACCUGGGCGCGCGCGACCAUGGGCGAGCCCAUCCCCGUAACGAUCAAGUUCGACGAGGACCGGUAUAACGAGGACAAGCGCGUCUUCGUCGUGAAGAUGAGUCUACCGGCGUCCUGGGCCGCGAAGCCCGCCGCCAAAAUCCUGAAGUACUACGUCAAGAAGUUCAACGAGAACUACCCCGACGACCCGGUCGAUGCGACGAAGUGCCGGAUCAUGAUCGAUAGAGAUCGGACGAUCAUCAACCUCGAGACGCCCGUGGCGAACGCCGUGGCGCCGCACGAUGAGCUGACGAUUAGUCUGGACCCCGAGCACGAGCUCCACGAGGCGGACCUGCACGAGGCGGCGCUGCAGGACAAGCUGCCGCCGCCGAAGAGCGGCAAGGCGAGUGUUUAACUUAUUGUUUCUUCUC